GCCAAAAAGGAAAAAAGAGGCAGCCAUCAAAAUAGAAACAUUCAUAGGAAACUCCCUUGAACUUUCCCAGAAACCUCUCUUCAUCUUCUUUCAAUUUUUUCCCGCUUUCUACUUUUUCGCUCCUUUUUCUCUCUUUCUUUUGCCGUUGGAAUCUUCUUAUCCACUGGAAAAAAAAAGAAGAAGAAGUUCUGAGUCUAAGUAUACAAACAGUUGAAAAAUUAAAUUAAAAAAAGGAAAAAACUUUAGAUCAGAUCUGAUACAUAGAUUAUACUUGAAGAAGAGGAGUGUUUGUUAGUCAAAGAAAAUGCAGACAAGGUACAUGGAGAAACGCGCUUUGGAUCCAAGUAGUAAUGAGGAAGGUCAACCUGAUAGGAAACGACCUGCUCUUGCAAGUGUCAUUGUUGAAGCACUAAAGGUGGACAGUCUGCAGAAACUCUGCUCAUCACUGGAGCCAAUUCUUCGAAGAGUUGUUAGUGAAGAAGUGGAGCGUGCUUUGGCUAAACUUGGACCUGCUAAACUUAAUGCAAGGGUUUCACCAAAAAGAAUUGAAGGGCCUGAUGGGAGAAAUUUGCAGCUUCAGUUUCGGUCCAAACUGUCACUACCUCUCUUCACAGGAGGAAAAGUAGAAGGAGAGCAGGGUUCCGCAAUACAUAUUGUCUUGAUUGAUGGAAAUACGAACCAUGUUGUAACAUUAGGUCCCGAGUCCUCAGUUAAACUAGAUGUUGUUGUGCUUGAGGGAGAUUUUAACAACGAGGAUGAUGAUGGCUGGACUCAAGAAGAAUUUGAGUCUCAUAUAGUGAAGGAGCGUGAAGGCAAGAGGCCUCUUCUUACUGGAGAAUUGCAAGUGAUAUUGAAGGAAGGUGUUGGCACCCUUGGCGAGUUGACAUUUACUGACAACUCCAGCUGGAUCAGAAGCAGAAAGUUCAGGCUAGGCUUAAAGGUAGCAUCAGGUUUCUGUGAGGGAAUCCGCAUUCGUGAGGCAAAAACAGAUGCCUUCACUGUCAAGGAUCAUAGAGGAGAAUUGUACAAGAAACAUUAUCCACCUGCAUUAGAUGAUGAAGUUUGGAGAUUGGAAAAGAUAGGGAAAGAUGGAUCCUUCCACAAGAGGCUAAAUAAAGCUGGUAUACAUAAAGUGGAAGACUUUCUGCGACUUGUUGUGAGAGACUCGCAGAGGCUCCGAAAUAUCCUGGGAAGUGGAAUGUCAAAUAAGAUGUGGGAUGCUCUUGUGGACCAUGCAAAAACAUGUGUUCUAAGUGGGAAGCUUUAUGUCUACUAUCCUGAUGAUAUGAGAAAUGUCGGUGUUGUUUUUAAUAAUAUCUACGAGUUAUGUGGUUUAAUCUCUGGUGGACAGUAUCAUUCAAUGGAUUCUCUUUCAGACAAUCAGAAGAUAUAUGUGGAUACUUUAGUUAAGAAGGCGUAUGACAACUGGAUGCAUGUUGUUGAGUAUGAUGGAAAAUCUCUUCUAAGCCUGGGCCAGAAUAAAGCCGCAGUUUCGUCUCAAAAUGAUCUUACAAAUGGCUCUCAGAACCAUUCAAUUUCUUUUGAUCAACAAACUAAUCUACCAAGUCUUCCAGCUUCAAUUUCAUCAGAGCAGUCUGCUAUGAAUUCAGGACUGAACAUGGGAGGGUAUAAUGAUAGCCUUAGUAGCAGAUACACUAUGCAGCCUCAGAACAUGAAUCUAAAUGGCAACAUGCAGUUAAAUGGUGCUUCAUUUCCUCCUCAGAACCAUUUGUUAGGCACUUCACAACAAGCUCAGCCACAUGGUAGUCAUAGCAUGCUGGCCCUUCGCCCACCACAGCCAUCAAUGUCUAGCUAUUUUGCUGCUAGCACGCCUAAUCCUUAUAAGGGAGCUGAGGACUUCUUAACAGAGGAAGAGAUACGUAUGAGAAGUCAUGAGAUGCUCGAAAAUGAAGACAUGCAACAUCUGCUCCGUAUUUUCAGCAUGGGACAGGGUCAUGCUUCUUCUAGUGUUGCAGAAGAGAAUUACCAGUAUGGAUCAGCAUACAUGCCCAACAUGUCUUCUACCUUUGGUUUUGAUGAGGAACGUACACGUUCUUCUUCUUCAGGCAAGGCUGUUGUAGGGUGGCUCAAACUCAAAGCUGCCUUGAGAUGGGGUAUUUUCAUCAGGAAGAAAGCUGCCGAAAGAAGGGCACAAAUUGUUGAACUGGAUGACUCCUAGAUUUGAUUUUCCCCAUAGCAACCACUUGGAUAUUAUGUUUAAGGGCUUCCAUUAAGAAGCAUAUACUGCUCUUGGAAUUUGGUAUGACAAUCCAUAUGCAUCUGGUGCUGGUUUGGGCUCAAUCUGAACCUGGAAGCCUCUUAUAGUGUACAGUUAUGCCUGUCCAUGGAGAUUGCUCUCUCCAUUAACAGAAUAACAUAAGCUUAUGAUCGUAUUUCUCAGCAUAUUAUAUGCAGUUCAAAGACUCGAGCAGUUUUCAUGGCUCUAGCUGAAGAGAAAUUCCCAUGGUUUAGACCUGAUUUCUACUACUAGGGAUGGAUGGAAGUGACUUCAUUUGCCUUGUGCUAACUCAAGAUUAUAGCAUGUUUUUAUGUUUAUGUUGACUGAUGCUGUAAUUUCUAGUGUUUUGUUGUAAUGAGUUUAUCAAAGAAAACAUAAUAUUUGUCUCAUAGAAACAUUUGUUGUGAACAUAUCAUCAAAAUGUGAUGUGGAGGACCUUCAAAAUUUGUUGUAUUGAAUGAAUAAUCGUGUUUCGUUUUAACUUUAAA